CCACGACCCUCCCCGCUGGAGGCGCAGCCGGCGGUCGGUCGGGCCGGGCCCGGAGCCGCCACUGUCGGGACCGGGCGGCAGCCGAGCGGGAAGAGAUGGUGUCCCCCGGCGCCUCCGCCGGGCGGCUGGGCUCCGCGCUGCCCUUCCUGCUCGUGCUCCUCGACCUGCAGUACCAGGGAGCUGAGUGUGGAAUAAACGCAGAAGUAGAAAAACAACUUGAAAUGGGAAAGAAAUUAUUGGCUGCAGGACAGCUAGCAGAUGCUUUAUCUCACUUUCAUGCAGCUAUAGAAGGAGACUCUGAUAACUACAUUGCUUAUUACAGAAGAGCCACUGUGUACUUAGCCAUGGGCAAAUCUAAAGCUGCAAUUCGUGAUUUAAGUAAAGUGGUUGAAUUAAAGCAGGAUUUCACAUCAGCAAGAUUACAGAGAGGACACUUACUGCUUAAGCAAGGAAAAUUUGAUGAAGCAGAGGAUGACUUUAAAAACGUGCUCAAAUCCAAUCCUAGCAAUAAUGAGGAAAAAGAAGCCCAGACUCAGCUGACAAAAUCUGAUGAGCUGCAGCGCCUGCAUUCACAAGCACUAUCUGCUUACCAGCAAGAGGAUUAUGAAGCUGCUAUUUCUCUUCUUGAUGAAAUCUUGGCAGUUUGUGUUUGGGAUGCAGAGCUACGGGAACUUCGAGCAGAGUGUUAUAUAAAGGAAGGGGAACCAAGCAAAGCUAUUAGUGACUUGAAAGCUGCUGCCAAAUUAAAGAAUGAUAAUACUGAAGCCUUCUACAAAAUCAGCAGAAUAUAUUAUCAGCUGGGGGACCAUGAAUUAUCACUCAGUGAAGUCCGGGAGUGUCUGAAACUGGACCAAGAUCAUAAGCAGUGUUUCUCUCUCUAUAAGCAAGUAAAGAAACUCAAUAAGCAGAUUGAGUCAGCAGAGGAAUUCAUCAGAGAAGGCAGAUAUGAAGAUGCUAUCAGUAAAUACGAAUCUGUAAUGAAAACUGAGCCAGAAGUCCCAGUUUAUGCUACUCGUGCCAAAGAAAGAAUCUGUCACUGCUUAUCAAAGAAUCAACAGUCUACAGAAGCCAUAAAACUUUGUACAGAAGUUCUGCAACUGGAACCAACCAACGUGAAUGCUCUGAAAGACAGAGCAGAAGCUUAUUUGCUGGAAGACCUGUAUGAAGAAGCUAUUAAAGACUAUGAGACUGCUCAAGCCAACAGUGAGAAUGACCAGCAGAUUCGGGAGGGGCUAGAACGUGCCCAGAGAAUGCUGAAGCAAUCACAGAAGAGGGAUUACUAUAAAAUCCUGGGAGUAAAAAGAAAUGCUCGAAAGCAAGAAAUCAUAAAAGCUUACAGAAAGCUGGCAUCCCAGUGGCAUCCUGAUAACUUCCAGAGUGAGGAAGAAAAGAAGAAAGCAGAGAAAAAAUUUAUUGAUAUAGCAGCUGCUAAAGAAGUCCUCACUGACCCAGAAAUGAGACGGAAGUUUGAUGCAGGAGAGGACCCACUGGAUGCAGAGAGUCAGCAGGGUGGCAGCAACCCUUUCCACAGGAACUGGAACACGUGGCAAGGAUUCAACCCCUUUGGUUCUGGAGGAGGACCAUUUACAUUCAAAUUUCACUUCAGUUAGAGCCAAGACUGUUUCUGGUGGCUGCUGCUGUUUUUUACUCAAUUCAUUGAAAAAUAAAAAGUCUCUCAGUUCAAGACCCAAAAUCUUAAUUUCUAAUGUUGUCCUUAACCCAGAGUCUUACUGCACUAGAAGGAAGGUCUUUCUUUCUUUUGGUAUUCAGUGGGUUUGCUUGACAAGCUCACACUGGUUGGGGGGGGAGUUGCACUGCCUUUGUAUUUGUUGUGGAUAUGCAGGACAUGUUUAUUCCCGUGGAUGGAAAAAACAAUAAGAUGCUACUUAGGACAACGCUUAAAUUUAGGACUCAAGUAUAUGCUUAAAGAUAAAAAUGCAUGUAAAUAUUUUUCUGGAUCGGGGCCUAAUAAACAUGGCAAGGGUAGAUACAGUAGUCUCCACAUUAACAAACUGUUGGUCAUGCUCAGCAGAACGAUCCAUCUCUUAAGAGGAAACCCUGGUGGCCACCUGCUGUGUUGGUGUCGGCAGCACCAUAGGCGGGAGAAGAGCCUGUGUGCUGAACCAGUCCCAGCAAUCACUCUGGAAGAAGAGUGCUUGGGAGUAAUUGUAUUUGAAAAUGUCUGCUCGCUUUGCUCAUUAAUGGAUUGGGGUGAUUUCCUGGGUGGUAAUUGUCAACUAUGAAACUUAAAAAAAAAAAACCCACACUUUUUUUUCUGAAUGUCAUUUGGGUUGUUUAUUUGGGUAUGAUUCUUGAGUAGUUUGCACUUUAACAAAAUACCUGCUUGAGAUUUGAGCAGAAAAUUUGUUGUGACAUAUCCCUGACUGUGCAGCAAUUUGUUAGUUCUGUACAUAAACUCAGAACUAAGACAGGUUGUGAGGUGAGUGUACUGCUGACCAGGAAUGUGAUAUUGACUCCUGUAAUACAACUUCAUUUCUGUUGGGUGGUGCAACAGGGAAUUAAUACUUGGGGAAAUUGAAGUAAUUUUGUGUUUUGUGUAACAGCCACGGUACUGCAGAAACAAAUGUGUGCAAAAAGAGGGACUAACUUCCCACUAGCCAGAAGUCUAGUUUAUUUUUUUCUAUAUGCACAUAGUUAAAAUUGGUUUGGUGCGGUUGAUGGAACUGUGAGAGUGUGAUGUACAGUGUUUCCAGGGCUGUAGCUGGGAGGAGUGAGGAGUCCUCUGUUCUGUAACUGAGUCUGUCAUAGUUGCUGAUGAGUUUCAUCAGCAGCCAUUUUCUUAGAACGCAAGAAUUACGGUUCAUCAGUGUUGAUUGCAUUUUAACUGGAAAACAAUAAUCAGUUGAUAGGAAUCUUCUCUCACUUCAACUUGUGGCAUUUGAAACCAUAAGCAGCCGCAGUAAAACAAAUGAAAUAGGCAAAUAAGGCCUGAAAGUGCAUUUUAUCUUACUGUAGUCAAAGUUGCUGUUGGAGCAUAGCCCUUGGCUCCUGCCCAAGCACUUCAUGAACGUAAUUGCAAAGCCACGCGUUCAGCAGAAAUUUAUCUUCAAGCUGGGUAGCAGUGUGGCGGUCUAAGAGUUUUUGGUUCAAAACCACCCCAGCAGCCUGUGAAACCCCAGUGUCGGAUGUUUCCCAAGUUGAAUGACUUCCUAGAAGUUCAACUUGUGCCUUUGACCUGUUGGAAAGUUUUUUGCUUAAGCUCUGUACCAGAUGCUCAGGACACUGUUCAGAGCACUCUAGGCUGGCAUGACUCUCUGGGACUCAGGCACAGGAACUUGCUGCACAGUGAAUAACCUGUUACCCUGUGGAAUUGGCCUCUGUGCAUCUGCUUGUUGCUGGAGUACAUAAAGGACGGGCAGGUGGCUCUCAUGUGUCCCCCCGUGGCUCCUCUCAGCCCCUGAGGGGGAGCUCAACCCAGCCAUGCCUGUUGUGGGCAGGGUGGUUCCUGGUGGUUGCUCUGUGUGUGUGUGUGUGUGUGUGUGUGUGUGUGUGUGUGUGUGUGUGUGUGUGUGUGUGCAUGAGCCAUUGCUCUGUGCAAACCCUUCUGUAUCGGCUCGUUCACUACAGAAGGGGCUGUUUUUAAAUGACUAUUGAAUGAGCAGUGUAAGCAAUAUGUCACAUUUUGUACAUACAGGAGUGUGGUUGGGCUGCACGUCACAACAAGGACCACAGACAGCUGUGUUUGUGUGCUGGGGAAGUGAUGGGAAUGAAAUGUCUUUCCAAGAACUGCCCAUGUUCCUUUUUUUUUUUUUCCCCUCAUCCCUCUCCCUUCUCUGUUUUACAAGCCAGAGCUGAGAGAAGUGUUUCCUGGGGUUUACUUUUUUUUUCUUCUAGGGAAGGAAUAAGAUGGUCUCUCAUCAGUAAAUUCUUCGUACAAGGCACUGAUGUUGGAGCAGCACGGGUUUGUUUCUCUGGGGCAGCAGGACAGUUCUAGUGUACACUGGGAGCAUUCAGGAACCAAAAAAAACCAUGUGCAUUUUGAGAAUGAAUGGGAAAGGGAAAAUUACAUUCUAAGAAAAAAAAAAAAGGGUUGAAUGUAGUCAGUAGAAGAAGGAAGAUGAUUAGUACCUGAAUGCUGUUCAUAGAUUUGUUCCAUGAAAGAAAGGUUCUUGGAAACAAAGGCAAAAAAUGACAGUGGAGAACAAAGCUUUACUAGUAUUGAGCAGCAGCUGUUUACAAGAAGUGUUACCACCCCAGUGCUAUUCCUAAGGGCUUUGAGGUACUUCUGGAAACGCAGAAAGACGAAGUUUGUUAAAAAGAAACCAUUUACAUUGCAAGGCUCUCCAGAUACGGUGAUGCAUUUCCUGAUGUGACUUUGGAAAAUGAAGCACUGGUAACACGCUGAGUGUUAAUGGUGCAGGCAACGUGCAAGGAAGCUGAACUUGCAUUUUUAUUUAUUAGUGGGUGUCUGUAGUGCAAUAAUGUUCAAUAACUGAACAUUGGAAUAAAUGUCUUGCUAGUUAGUCAACCCUGAGAUGUGCAUGAAGCAUCGUUACCAUAACUGGCCUGUAUGUAGAUGCAAACUUCCUCUGUUGAAUUCUUUCAGUUUUAAUAAACCUGUUUCCAACUUGUUUUAAAAGGAAGGUGGGGGGGCAUAUUAUACUUGGUACAUGUUUAAUACUGAUGUACUGAUGAUCAGUGUUAAAACAGAUUCAAAGUGAACUACAGACUGAAGUGCUCAAACUUGUGACAUAUGCAGAAAAUGUGUCAGCUUAAACUUUUUUUAAAAAAACAUAAAGCUUGUUAUCAUUUCAGUUUUCAGACCAAUGUUUGGAACAAGAAUUAUUCUUCUGUUUAGGGCUGUGAUUUAUAGGAGCUUUGCCAGAAACUAGCCAGGAUAGCAUAGCAGGUUAGUUGUAUUUAAAAGUGCCUUAUUGUAAGGUAUUGUUUGUUUGCUCUGUAAUACACACUUUUAUCCAUAAAAUCAUAACAUAAAUGGCAGAAUAAUUUUUUUUCCCUCAGCAAAUCUCUAAGUAGCAGUUUUAUGUUAUAAGAAGGAUAAGUAAAGCUAGCCAGAGAUUUAUCAAAUGUUUCGAAUUAUAAAAUGUCUUUAUAUGAAAUCAUGAAUCUAAAAAGCAAGAACUGUUUUUUUCUAGAACUGUGGGAAUUAUUUUAUGGUAUUUUUCACAAUAAAGAUAUUUAUGAUGACAAGAAA